GUAUGUGAAAAUGUUGAAAAAUCAGUGGAAUUUGUUAUGUUGAUUGUAACACCUUUUCUAUUUGAGAAACAUUCAGAAAUAGUUGGCUUUUGUUAAAAUGGAUUAAAGGAUUCAUUGUGAAGCAAGUGAAUUGCAGAAUAUGUCUUCUUUAUUAACUUAGGUUCCAAGCCUUGUUAGGAAACAGGUGUCGUGUUUUGAUAGCGUAUUGACAAAAAUUUCUCGGCUUGACAGAUUUCUCUUGGCAUCUAUAGUGAACCUCUUGGAUACCCACCAUGAUUGAAAGUGACCGAGAGCUCUCAGCUAUGGUGCAGGAGCUUUGGGACAAUGAUGUCAAUCGCCUGAAGCCUGGAACGGACUAUCGCAUAUCUCUGCAAGGCAAAGCUGGUAACCUGUCACUCAUGAAUGAUGGUAACGACGCAGCUGGAUUGCCUUUGUUCACAUACGUUGACGAAAGCAUUUUCAAAAAAGAGACCUUCUUGGCCUUCAUCUCACUUCUGGACAAUUAUGAGAGCGAUACUGGUGAGCCAGAGGUUGUGACCCCAGAGGAGGAGGCAGAGAAUCACAAGUUUCUGGACUCCAUGGUGAAGACUCCUGCAAUGAAGAUUGUCCAUAAAUAUCUAGUGGCCAAGAACCUUUCUCCAGAGGACCUGACGAAGUUCAAAGAGCAGCUGUACCGCAUCUGGUUCGAGCUGUACGCCAGGAGAGGAUCCAGCAAACCAGACUCUUCAGGGUUUGAGCACGUCUUUGUGGGUGAAACCAGAGGUGGACGUACUGUAAUUGGUUUCCACAACUGGAUUCAGUUGUAUUUGCAAGAGAAGCUCGGACACAUUGACUACAAAGGCUACAGUGUAAAUGCAAACUCCCCCCAGCCAGAUGAGAACAAACACAUCUUGGCUCUGCAGUUCAGCUGGAAGAACGGAAUCAAACCCAAAGGCAGCAUUUUUAUCGGUGUCAGCCCCGAGUUUGAGUUCGCCCUCUACACCCUGUGUUUCCUUACCUCUCCCAAUGAGCGCGUCAGAGUGUCCUUCAGCCUUUACGACGUGGAGAUCGUCUGCCACCACUACAACCAGAAGCACAUAGGAACCACUUACCCCGUCCUUGUGAGAUACCAGAACGAUGAGAAAAAAAAGGGGGCCCUGCGGAGCCCCCUUCAUAGCUAA